AGCACCACAGCAGAGACUUUCGAAUUUAAAAGGGUCGUAGACACAGAGAAACACAGGGGGGAGCUUAGAAAGCUCUGCAUGGUAAACACAAAGUGGCGGUGAGUAUGAAGAGAGAGAGAGAGAGAGAGAGAGAGAGAAGGAGGAGAGACUGUACAAGGAGAGAAGUCAGUGAGUGAGUUUGCAAGACCAGCACACAUCAGAGCAGAGAGCAGUGCUGUGGAUCUUUGCUUUGGAAUCUGUCACACAGGAAAACCCAAAGGAAAAUUUAUGAUAAAGCAGAGCGUUAUAUAAGUAUCAACAGUUCUGCUUUCGGACAAAAGGGGAAGUAGCUUGUGUUUUCUCUCUCGUCGCUCAAUCGCACACUCAUCAGAGUGAUACAGGGACAGUUGAGCUAUGGGGACGGUAAGCGAACUCUGUGCGUCCAGCUUCCAGGCGUUCCUGUGUCCUACGGUUAGCCCGGCUCCUCCAGCAGUACCGGACGACCUGACGCCAGAGGAGAAGCAGGAGCUGGAGAACAUUAGGAGACGUAAACAGGAGCUGCUAGAGGACAUACAGCGGCUCAAAGAUGAGAUAGCAAAGGUGACGAAUGAGAUCGAAAGUCUUGGCUCCACUCAAGAAAGAAUAAACAUGCAGCGGAGUAAACAGAUUGCUAUGGGCCGCAAGAAAUUUAACAUGGAUCCCAAAAAGGGUAUUCAGUUCCUUAUAGAGAAUGAAUUGCUGAAGAACACUUGUGAAGAUAUUGCUCAAUUCCUCUACAAGGGUGAGGGCCUCAACAAGACAGCCAUCGGAGAUUAUCUGGGUGAAAGGGAUGAAUUCAAUAUUCAGGUUCUUCAUGCCUUUGUGGAGCUUCAUGAAUUUACAGACCUAAACCUGGUUCAGGCACUCAGACAGUUCUUAUGGAGUUUCCGGUUACCGGGUGAAGCUCAGAAAAUUGAUCGAAUGAUGGAGGCUUUUGCCCAGCGUUACUGUCAAUGCAAUCCUGGUGUCUUUCAAUCCACAGAUACAUGUUAUGUGCUUUCAUUCGCAAUCAUCAUGUUGAACACGAGUCUGCACAACCCUAAUGUGAAGGACAAGCCGUCUGCAGAUCGAUUCUUUUGCAUGAACAGAGGCAUCAAUGAUGGAGGAGAUCUGCCAGAAGACCUGCUCAGGAACCUGUACGAGAGCAUUAAGAAUGAGCCCUUCAAGAUACCUGAAGACGACGGCAACGACCUCACACACACGUUCUUUAACCCAGACCGCGAGGGCUGGCUGCUAAAACUGGGUGGACGGGUGAAGACGUGGAAAAGGAGAUGGUUCAUCUUGACAGACAACUGUCUGUAUUAUUUUGAAUACACCACUGAUAAAGAGCCAAGAGGGAUCAUUCCUCUGGAAAAUCUCAGUAUUAGGGAAGUGGAUGACUCCAAGAAGCCAAACUGCUUUGAACUCUUCAUCCCAGACAACAAGGAUCAGGUCAUCAAAGCAUGCAAGACUGAAGCAGAUGGACGGGUUGUGGAAGGAAACCACACUUUCUACCGCAUCUCAGCGCCAACAACAGAGGAGAAAGAAGAGUGGAUUAAAAGCAUCAAGGCUGCCAUAAGCAGGGACCCUUUCUAUGAGAUGCUUGCUGCCAGGAAGAAGAAAGCCUCAUCUUUGAAGAGACAGUAGAACCGCUCAAGUCUGCAUGGAUGGAUCUCCGCUUCAAGGCCGCAAAGAGGAUGUUUAGACAUGGACCUGGAAAAGGGGCGAAUGAUAAACGGAAGCCAUAACGCUGGAUUGGAGCGAUUUUUAUCUCAGGAAUGACCUUGAGUUUUGAAGGUUGUCAGUGCAGUUGGCUUUCUUGGAGGUUGUCUGACAUUUAUACGUUUAAUUCUCAUGAACGAACAUUAUCGUGCACUCACGUACAUUAUCAUCUCAAAUCAGCAGGUCUGACUGAAUGUGGCGUCUUAUUGACCUUUUCUAAGCUUGCUGAAGACAAGACCGUUCUUUUCUGUGCUUUGAUACAUAUAAAAUGCUAAUUGUGCACCUAUUUUUACACUGCUAUGUACUGUAAGUAUCUGGGAGGGUUUUGGCCUUGUUUUGUUUGAGACUAUCUUACUGGUUUUCUAAUCAUUUCUGAUCUGCUGUCAUAUUUAUCAUUUUUUUGUUGGCUAGAAAUUUUUUCACAUUUUGCCAAAGUUUGUCUUUCAGUCCUACUCCAUGUAAUACUUUCCUAAAACCUGAAGUUGAGUGCUUCUGAUUCAUGAACAUGAAAUGAAAAUAUAUUUUUAUUUUGAUGCUGUUUAUUUAGCGUAAACAGUUUUAUUUAAAAUAUCAGGACAUUUCCAUUGUUCACUGAUCUCAUAGGUGGCCUUGAACGACUGUGAAAUCCAAAAACAUUUCAGUAAGUUUGGUUCAUGUUUAUGGAACAAUGUCAAAAAUUAAACUACUGACAUGAGAGUUUAUUUUUUACUAUGUUUUGUAUUUUACCACAUUAAAUGUAUUGGUUAAAUUAACUCAUGAAGAC